AUGCUGGAAAAGCGAGGCAGUAACAGUUUCAUGGCAAGAUGGACCCGGCUGCUGGCAGAGCAGGCAAGAGGCAACAUCGCAAAACACAAGGUAUAUUUCAGGGUCUAUAACACUAACUACGAAAAAAAUUUGAUAAAGAGUUAUGAGGUUCCGGGAGAUAGCUUCAGCUACUUGUUUGAUGGUUUAGAUAGCAAUGGGUCGUAUCAGGUUCGUGUGUUGACAGCAACGAAUGUAGGUUACCCCACACUUCCUGAUUCCCAGUGGGUCUGGGUUAAGAUUCAUAUGCACAAUAAUCCAGUUACUGUUCAGAACGUCAGCGUAAAGUUAUUACGGGAACUGGGAGCCAAAAUAUCUUGGAAGAUAAAAAAAGCAUCUGAGAUCAUAGAAACAAGUGCCGUGUACAUCAAAUAUAAAAAAGUGGACGAAGUUAAGUACAAGCAAAGGUACCAACAACACAUCGUGAAUCAGCACGUCAUUCAGUUUUUGCUUUCGAUAGACGAGAAGGAUCUCGUUAAAAUCGAACUCGAUCACCGCAACGAAGAACCUGAUGCUUUUACAUGUUACAUGUUGUACAUAUCAAUAAUUGGAGAAAGCUUUAAUUAUACAUCGGCACAAGUCAACUUUUCAACGAAAGAUUACAAUGAUGGAUCGGAAGACAGCGAUUACGAUGAGACUGACGAGUCAGAAAAUGGAAGCCACGGAAACUCUUCGACCGACUCCUCUGCUGAUGCUGAUCAUAAAACAGAUAUAUUCAAAGCCGCUAACCUAUCGGCGUUGAGCGUAAACGAGACGAGCAUUAAAGUCCUCUGGUCACCAGAUUUCAAUAUUUCCUCUUUCCGUUUCUGUUACGUUCCUCUGGUGCAAGACAUUCAUUGGGUUGAUAGUUGCACAAGAUGUUUUGAUGGCUCGCUACUUUCAAAUCUUUCGGAAUUGUAUCUCAAUGAAUUGUCGCCAAUGACUCUGUACAACUUGUACUUAUCGGCGAAGAACCGAAAUUUCAGUGAAUACUUUAGACAUGAUUCGCCUGAUCUCUCGAUCACUGGUAACAGAUUGACUGAUCAUUACGACGUUCACAUUGGUGGUACAAUGGCUGAUGGUAUAACUAAUAUAACGUGUGCGACAAGACCGCCUGCUCCUACCUUGUUAUCUUGCAGUUACGUUCACCUCAUACAUUCCUUCAACAUAACGUGGGGCCUUCCGUUGUACCAACCAUGCUACCCCAAGCUCCUCAACUACGACCAACAUCACUUCAUUGUUCUCUACUCUCUGAUGGACGAGGAUGUGAACUAUGACGAACAGGGCAUAAAUGUUGAAGGUCACGAAGGUCACGAGGAGGCUGCAUUUUUUAAUUGGUCAUCUCUCCGCGCUGCUGGCUCUCGAAGAAGCAUUCUGAUUGAACUUGAAUCUGAGAAGUCUUCAGUUGGUGACAGCCUCUCGAAUGAUUUUCUUUCAGAGGGAAUCAACACCACAACUGUUAGCGCUACCAAUUAUACUCAAAUGAAAACAAAUUUUUUCAUGGUAAAAGUUUGUGUUGCCUUCCUUGGAAUGACGCGGUGUUCACGUGAGUGUAGAGGCCAGCGAGAGACCAGGUCACCGACUGCAGCUUGGUCACGUAUGAAAAUCACCGUCACCACUAUAUUGGUUGCUUUUGCCCUUGUUUUGCUGGCUCUACCCCUGCUUGUUUUCAUUAGGAAAAGAGCAAGAAGCAGAAAAAAGUCUAAAAGAGAAAUGAGAAAUUUUUUCAAAGCAAGCUCAAAAAGCAAGCAGCCUCAUUUAUCAGGUCGGCAGAGCAAGGAUGAAGUGCUCACUUCAUCAUCAGGGAAACCUUUGUUGCUUAUGGAUGAACAGCAGCGAAUCAGCCUGCCACCGACGCAACAACAAUCAACGUUGAAAACCUUCAAGCCAUCAUCAGAAAGCAUCUUAUAGCAGAGCCCACAAUCUAUAUAGCAAUGUCUUCACUUUCUCUUUUUAUAUUCGCUAAUAUAAUUUUAUAUCAAUUCUUACAAGAUGCUAAACUCGAUUGUAUUUUAUGGUUUGCUGUCGUUGUUAUUGUUGCGUUCGGAUGUUUUUAUGUGUUUCUCAUUGUGUCCAAACUGUCCGUAUGUCCUUUAUUGUUACAUGUAUAUAUAUAUAUAUAUAUAUAUAUAUAUAUAUAUAUAUAUAUAUACACGUAUUGAUAUGCCAUUAAAAUCAUACAUUGACCUAUAUGUGUUGAAAGAGAAGUAAUCAAGUCUGAAAGCAUCAAAAUAUUCGUUCAACUAAGUAACUUACGCUGUUUCAUUCAGUAAUUUGAAUGACUUGUUGCGUACAUUUCGACAUGCGUAGUAUAGUAAUUUAUGAUGUUGUGUUUAUGUUUGGUAUUCUUUGAAAUAUCAUUAAUAUCUCUGUUUAUUUACAAAGAAAGUAGUUGCUAAUCAUAGAAAUGGAAUCGUUAACCUCAUUUUAUAAUAAUCUGUUAUCCAUUCCACUCUUUAGUGAAAUUUUGUUUGACAGAGACGAUUUAAUUUUGUAUGGUACAGAUUAUAUGUUUGUUAUAUGACAUUUUCCGUUGUAAAUAUGAUUUGUACGUUGCGAACUAUGGUGUUUAAUUUUUUUAUUUACAGUAAAAAGUUUAUGUUCGCCAAGUUAAACUUUAUUUGUUUAUAUAGUACAAUAUUCUCAAUCAGCAUAUUACGUUGUUUAUUUCACGUGUGGCAACGAACAAUUGUAAAUCAUUUUUACAUGUUAAUUUUAAUUUUUAAGCGUUGAAUGUAUGUGCGUGCGUGUUUGUGUGUGUGUGAGUUGCGUGUGCGUGUGUGUUUUUGUUUGUCUAUGCCGCGCGUUUGUAUGUGCGAGCACCACUGUGAACGUCACUGAACUGCCCAUCCUGACAAAAAUUGACCACCAUACUAUGUUGACUGGCAGUUAAAGCUUUCGUAUUUCCGGCUCUAUCGUCCGCCGUCACCAUCCUUCACUCCUUUUUCCCUUUUCUCGGAUUUCCGUAUUAACGCUCAUGCUAGGGGUAUGUAUACAUAUAUUAACUUAUAUAUAUAUAUUAUAUAUUUAUUUAUUUAAAUGUCUUUAUAUAUAAAUUUGUGCGUGGCUGUGGAGGUGUGCGCGCUGCAUGUUGAAUGAAAAACGAAAGCAGCAUAUUCUGGAAAUAUAUGUAAAUAACUUGGAUUUUCAUUGGUUGUUACUUCUUAGUUCACGUUACCUCAGAAGAUUCCAUUAGUUUUAUUUUUGUUUAAUUCAUUUUCAUUUAAUUUAUGAUGGCUAAUUUUUUUUCGUUUUGCUCUUUGUUUCAUGAAACAUUUUAUGUUUAUACGUUGUUAUAAAUGCCAUAUAAUUUUGUUCAUGAUGUGUCUCUACCGAUCAUGAUUUCACUUUUUCAUACUUACUAUUAAGGGAGGAUUAAAGAAGUAUGGAUGAUUUUAUCCCGUGUUCAUUUGCUGAGGCAGAAUUAAAACGGGAAAGGUUUAAAAACGAAA